GCGCUAGAGACGCUUUUGCUCUGCGGGAUGGAUCCUGUGGCGCCACUCACGGGGCGUCCUGUGCCACUUCUCAACCGAGCGGCGAUGGCCGGGAAUGUACCCGCGGUGAGCGCCCUUCUGGCAUCUCUGGGUACGGCACCGAUUCCGAGUCGCCGUCGGCCCUAUCAUACGCCGGCGUUGGUAUCCGCCGUGCAGAAGGGUUUCGUGGAUGUCGUCAAGGUUUUAUGUGAGGAUGAGCGGGUCAAUGUUAAUGUCGUGGAUCGCGUUCGAGAGGUAUCUGUGCUGCAUCUCGCUGUUCAAAUCGGGGGUCAGGAGGUAGUACGGUGUUUGUUGCGGGGGAAUAAUAUAAAGGUUGAUGUGCGGUGUCCGAGCGGAGGAACGCCUCUUUGCUUGGCUGCCCGAAAGGGGAAUCUGGCUAUGGUGAGGCUUUUAUUAGAGGGUGGCGCAGGUGUUAACCUGAGCGGUGGCUUGACCCAAUGCCCGGGCCCCAGCGAACUCUCCAAUGGUGGGGGCAUCCGUCCCUCAUACACACCUUUGCACUUUGCAACAAUUGGCGGGCAUUUGAGUGUUGUGCGGUUUCUAGCAGAAUGGGAGGGAGUGGAUAUCAAUGCUCGGGAUGUCGAAGGCUAUACACCGCUGGACUAUGCGCUGAGACGUGGGCAUAUAAAGAUAGCACGAGUGUUGAAGGGCCAUGGGGCUACCGAUAAGAAAUACAAGAAGCGGAGGCAACUUCGGGGGUACGCGGUGGCACUGAUGGGACUCGGAAGUUGCUCGCGAAGCGUAUAGAAGUAUGGCUGGUGUGACCAAUCUCUUUUGCUAUCGUGAGAUGCGGAGCGGGAUUCACUGCGAUGCGGGGAUAGUUCUAGUUUUCCUUCAUGCUAUACUUGCGAAGGCUCAUACGCUAAGAGCCGAGAUACUCUACUGGCGAUAAAAGAUAUCAGAUGAUGAAUGACACCCAGUGAGCAGCACGAGACCACCCCCAACAACCGAGAACGCAAUACGGUAAACCCCUUGGGGGGUGUCUCGGGGGCCAAAUAUGCAUGAUAGACUAUGAAAUACGCACAUAUAUUGCUACCGAUGCAAUCGUAUUUACCCAUAGAACAAGGAGGAAUACAUGGACCAAGCCCCAUUCUCCAACCGCGCUGUGGCCGCUCCUCGCCUUCCUAUUUAGGGAGCUCGGAAUAGGGUUCGACACCAUAAACGCACUGCAAUCGCAAGAACAGGGUGGACGGCAUCAUUCUACCCCGAAGUCCGUUGUAGGAAAAUACAGGGCCAGCCAAAUGCACACUCGAACACUGCUCCCGAGCGCUCGAGCACCGGGAGCGCAGCGGGAGAUACAAGUUCGGAUUUUAUCUGAGAUGGGAUAUCCAUGCAAGUUUCGAUUGAAACACGAGCUCACUUUGAUGGUGGACCGUUUUAGGCCUCACCAGUUUAGUUUAGUUUUUUUCUUCUUUCGACUUAUCUCUUCGGUUUAUGCUUUUAUUUUCGGUUUUUAUCUACCAUGGGAUCCUUACCGCAUGCGGGCGAGGUCUAUACUUGUACUAUGCCGUAGAGAGUGCUUGGGAUAUAUUUGAAAUCAGACCGUUAGUUUGGCAGCGGG